UUCACUUUUCAAGUUUUGGUGAUGAUUUUAGGUUCUGUUAGUGUCACAUACUUUGGCGUAAGAUCAUUACUAGAAUCUAACCUUGACGAAUCCAAAUUUGAGGUUUUGAAAUCUGGGUUUUGCUUAACCAAAAUGGAAUUUUUGUUGUAAUAUACAUGGGUUUUAUUGCACAAAAGUGCAUUCUGUAAACUAGAUGAGACGGUUUAUUCAGUGUUGGGUGUGUUGGGACAUUGGCUUCGGUUGGUGACACUGACAGCAUCGACUUUCCUCAUCUUAAGUUUCCCCUUUGGCAUCGCUUAAGGCCUAAACUUAGAGCAUGUGACCCCAACAUGUAAUACAGCAUGACAUGGUGUCUCUAAAGUUCCAUUUCCUGGUUUGUGAUGAUGCAAAUGUAAUGUGACACACGAGACCUUCAACCACGAUACAAUACCCUUAUUAUAUUUCAUUGCUGCCAUGUCAACGCCAUCACCUUCACCAUUGUUAUCACCAUCACCACAACUCUCUUCCGAUGCACCUUCACCUUCAUCUAUGCCAACAUCAUCGCCAUCCCAGUCUCUGGUUCCGGCGACUCUGUUGGCACCACCAUCAUUGUCAUCACCAUCACCGUCGCCAAUAAUGCCACCACAAUCGUGGGCAUCAACUUCUCCUCCUCCAGCAGCCCCACCACCUCCUCGGAGUUCUUCUCCUUCUCCAACAUCUACUACACCUACAAGUAGUAGUGCAUCUCCUCCUCCUCCUCCAGCUAGGAUAAGUCCUUUUGAUUCUCAUUCUACUCCAUCACACUCUUCUUCUGGAUUGGUUCCACAACCUCCAUCAGCACAAAAUUCUGGCCUUGGAAGCAGUGGUGGAACUAGUGCAAUGGCUGUUGGAGUAGUGACAGGACUUCUCCUGCUUGGCUUCAUUGGCAUUGCUAUCUGGUGCAUGAGGAGGCAAAAGGAAAAGAUUUCUAAGAUUGGUGGUUAUGGCUCGCCAGCCCCUCUUGGCUCAUCACCUGAAACAGAGUUGUCCUUUAUCAAGAUUCGUUCUUCAGCUCCUCUCAUACAAAGAGCAUCCGGGGUUAAUACACCAUCAUCAGGACUAGGCAACUCAAGGUCAUUGUUUGCAUAUGAAGAACUAAAGAAGGCCACAAACAGUUUUUCAACUCAAAAUCUUUUGGGAGAGGGCGGAUUUGGUUGCGUGUAUAAAGGGUCACUUCAAGAUGGGAGAGAGGUAGCAGUUAAGCAACUGAAAAUUGAAGGAGGUCAGGGUGAGAGAGAAUUCAAAGGUGAAGUUGAAAUCAUUAGCCGCAUACAUCAUCGUCAUUUGGUUUCUUUGGUGGGAUACUGCAUUUCAGAUAACAGAAGAUUACUUGUCUAUGACUAUGUCCCCAAUAAUACCCUUUAUUUUCAUCUUCAUGGGGAAGGUAGGCCACUGCUGGAAUGGGAAAAACGUGUUAAAAUUGCGGCUGGAGCAGCUAGAGGAAUAGCUUAUCUUCAUGAAGAUUGCAAUCCACGGAUUAUUCACAGGGAUAUCAAGUCAUCAAAUAUUCUUUUAGACUACAACUUUGAAGCUCGAGUCUCAGAUUUUGGGCUAGCCAAAUUAGCUGAUGCAAAUACACAUGUAACCACGCGUGUUAUGGGAACUUUUGGAUAUGUGGCACCUGAAUAUGUAUCAAGUGGUAAAUUGACUGAGAAAUCAGAUGUAUACUCUUUUGGAGUCAUGCUUUUGGAGCUCAUUACUGGAAGGAAGCCAGUAGACAUAUCUCAACCAGUUGGAGAAGAGAGCCUUAUUGAAUGGGCUCGACCUUUGCUAAAUGAUGCACUAGAUAGCGAGGAAUUUGAGAGUUUAACAGAUCCAAAGCUAGGAAAGAACUAUGUUCAAAGUGAAAUGUUUUGCAUGAUUGAAGUUGCUGCUGCUUGCGUGCGUUAUUCAUCUGCCAAAAGACCUCGUAUGGGACAGGUUGUUAGAGCUUUUGAUAGUUUAGCUACUUGUGAUCUUUCAAAUGGAAUGAGAGUUGGGGACUCUGCGCAGCAAUCUGCAGAUAUUAGAUUGUUUCGUAUAAUGGCAUUUGGAUUUGGUAGUCAAGAUUAUAACUCAGACUUUUUAAGCCACAUAGUUUGAAUACAAAAGAGAAUAUGAUAUAUAUUGGGAGAGUUUGGUUUCAAAUUUGACUCUUUUGAGGUGAAUAUACCCCCUGAAAUUGACUGUACAUUAUCUUGAUUCUUGUAACAAACUCUUUAAUUUUUUUCACCUUUU